CACCUAACACCUUUGAGUGUUAACAAAAAUAUACUUGACAUAUGCAACUAAAAAACUCUUGAGUUUGACAUUUAAUUAUAAAAUAAUAACUAAAUUUCAAAUGAAACUAAUUUGGUAGACAUUCUCAAAUGAAUUACAUAUUGAGAAACUAUGCAAAGUUAAGUCAUUUCAAUUAUGAUCAACACGGAAAGGACUGGCAAGUGAACGGUGGCAAGCAACAAUCGCCUAUUUCUUUGAUUAAAGACAAAGCUGUUUUGUCCAAGGCGCCAAAGUUAAGCUUUCUUAACUAUAACAAGACAUUUUCCGGCCCUCUAAAUUUAAUCAACAAUGGACACACCGUGACAAUGGCAAUACCGCCCAUAGAUGAUGGAAGGCAGCCAGCUAUUUGUGGAUGUAAGCUGAAAAGCCUAUAUAAAGCCGUGCAGCUACAUUUUCACUGGGGUUCACUGGAAAACAAAGGCUCCGAGCACACCAUAAACUACCAGCGAUAUGAUGGCGAACUGCACAUACUUCAUCAGAAUAGUGCAUACAAGGAGCAAAAGGAAGCCAUUCGCUUUCCCGAUGGCUUCGUGGUAUUGGCGGUAAUGUUGAAAAUUGUACAGGGGCCCAAAAUUCAGCCACGGGCCUUAAAUCAAAUUUGUAGUGAGGCGGCAAUGGUUAGGGAUUUUAAUAAAGCUUCAACAUUCGUUGCUAAUUUUACCUUAAGGGAUGUUUUAACUGGCAUAGAAAGGCAAGAGUUUUUUACCUAUAUGGGCUCGCUUACAACACCACCUUGCUCUGAGGUCGUCAAUUGGUUUGUCUUCCCAAAACAUAUUGAAAUUUCAAAAAAAUAUUUGCAAAACCUGUGGCUGUUGACAGACGAGCGCGGCAAGCCUCUGGUCAACAAUUAUCGCAAUUUACAACGUCUAUGCAAUCGUACUGUGUAUUAUCGAAAUGCAAGCAAAUGAAUACUGCACAAUAAUUGAGAUGCAACUUACGGCUACUCUAAUGCUCAUCGCUUGUUGCAGCAAGUUGCAUCAACAAUUAUCGAUUUAAAAAGCAUCGCAAAUGCAUUAAACUGGAAAGGUGCCCUAAUUGAACUGUGCUUGCAUUCGAAACGUAAAUAGGUAUCGGUAAUAGCUAUUUUUAAUAAUACAUAUAAAUUAUUUUUACUGGCUUUGUAUUACUGAAUGCCUAUAUAUAGUAUAUUUAUGUAUUCCACAACUUGCACAAAUCAAAUUGCUGUCUACCAACAAUAAAAAUUCAUA